AAUGGAGUGUGGUAAUCCUGAGCAACCUGGGCAACGUGGCGAGAGACGAAAAAACCGGGGAAUUCCAGAAAAGGCGGUAGAUGUUAGUUUUGUGUUUUGUAGCGAGUGUAUUGUCAGUGGCCGUGUUCAGCAGAUACAACUGUUGAGUUCGUCUUAUCAACACUCUGCGUUGAUUGGUUGGUUCUAAAAAUAAGAGCCAAUCACGUUCGACUGCUACUGAGCGGCUUGGUCUGCUGAACGCGCCCAGUUCUACAUUCUACCGGUCACUGCCCACCGGUCGCCUGUGUCUUCAAAAUACUGUCGUCUUGUGCUCGUGUAUCGAGCUCAAAAUACGCUCAAUCACGAUGGAGGAGAUUGGAGUUAUGUGGUGUGAUGCACUGGAGGAAUUGCUCAAAUGUCCCGUGUGCUUAGAAGUAGCACAGGGUGUAAAAGACCAAUGCGUAAAUGGCCACCACAUUUGUAAUCCGUGCAGAAUACGGCUGCAGGUCUGCCCUAUAUGUAGAUCUCCCUUUACGGGAACGAGAAAUUUGGCAGUGGAACAAAUCUCAACCAUAUUGCAGGACAUAAAGAGAAACGAGCAACAAAAGUUUAUGCUGAAUUUGGCACCUAGAGAAGGAAAAGGAUUAUAUCCGUGUCGUAUUGGAACUUGUGUAGUGGAACUACCACAUGGACGAAUGAUUGGCCACUUAAGAUAUCACCAUAAAGAUGUAUUUUAUGAGUUCAACGCAAAAGAUAAUGUAUUAAAAAAGAAAUGGACUCUGAAGUAUAUCUUGAAUCGGGAUUACGAUUUUGCUUUUCAUAUCAAAGAGAUGGGCCUGUUUUUCUUGAAUAUUUCCAUAAAUCAGAUGGGUGAUGUGAUGGGUUUCUUGCAAAUCGCGAACUCCAUCUCUGUAUGCAAACAAUUCACAUAUACAUUUGAAGCAAUUGGGACAUUUAACGGUACUUACAAUGGCCCGGUGAAAUCAUGCAGAAUACCGAGGCAAAAUUUUUUAAUCGACUGUUUGCGCAUACGCGAGAAUGAUAUGCACCAUCUGAUUGACAAUAAAAACUGUUUUCACUGUAAUCUAACGAUAAAACGUAGAGUUGAUUACAGAGCAGUCAACGCGCAAAAUAAUCCAAUGCAUGCUCCUGACGACAUGGUGGAUAAUUAUCCGGAUUUUGUGGAUGAUUAUCCGGAUUUUGUGGAUUAUGUGGAUGAUUAUCCGGAUUUUGUGGAUGAUUAUCCGGAUUUUGUGGAUGAUGUGGAUGAUUAUCCG